AUGCAUCUCACCCAGCUCAACCGUGAAUGUCUCCUCCACCUUUUCUCCUACUUGGAUAAGGACAACCGGAAGAAUUUGUCUCUUACCUGUCACCAGCUGUGUGACAUCUUCUUGGACCCCUGCCUCUGGAAUAGGCUCCACUUCUGCUCCCCUUCGGAGUUGAGAAGGGACAACUUUGUGCUUGGACCUUUUCUACGUUACCUGACUAUUCGCUGGUACUCAAGCAUGGUCCAGAAAGUGUGCAACGUUGAAGACUGGAUGAAGAACACAAUUCAGAAGACCAUCUGCAGCAAACAUGAAAGCCUGGUCAGCUCUUUCCUGGCUAGUGUCUCCCACACGUGUCCAAAUCUGGUUCACCUAACCCUUUCUGGCUGCGCACACAUCACUGACGAGGAUGUCAUCUUCGUGUUGAAGAAUUGCAAGAAGCUGCACUACCUCCAUCUGGAGAACUGCGUCCGCAUCACUGACUACACACUAGAUGGGAUGGUGGCUCAUGGCAUCAGUCUGCAGGAGGUGAAGGUGGACUUCUGCAGGAAUAUCACUAAGGCAGGGCUGCAGACCAUUAGACAGAGGAGGCCGAGCAUUCAUCUGAGUGCGGAGAGAAGUGCAGGCAUGAUCCCCGACAGCAAGCCUGAGGAGAAAGUACCGUUCAAGACCCUGCAGCAACUCGUGUUCUUCUCCUGA